AUGGGCAAACUUCACUCCAAACACGCUGCCGUGUGUAAGCGCAGGGAGAGCCCCGAAGGUGACAGCUUCGCAGUGAACGCCUCCUGGGCUAGGAAAGGGAUCGAGGACUGGAUCGGGAAGCAACGCUACCCCAGCAGCGGCCCAGGAUCCCGGCAGCCCCGGGUGGUGGGCGGCUUCACCAGCGGCACCCGGGAUCCAGCUGGGGAAGUUUACCGAGAAACAAUCAGCGAGGAACAUUUUCGUCUAGAAGUGUCUUUGCCUCCUGAGAAGACAGAUGGGCCAGGGAGUGGAGAUGAAAAGAAGGCCGAGAAAGACAGUGAAUCUUGCCCCAGCUCCAAGAAACAGCUGAAAUUUGAAGAGUUACAGUGUGAUGUUUCAGUAGAGGAAGACAAUCGGCAAGAAUGGACCUUCACGCUAUAUGACUUUGAUAACAACGGCAAAGUCACUCGAGAGGACAUCACUAGCUUGCUCCAUACUAUCUAUGAGGUAGUUGAUUCCUCAGUCAACCAUUCUCCAACAUCCAGUAAGACUCUGCGGGUGAAACUCACAGUGGCCCCAGAUGGAAGUCAGAAGAGGAAAAGUAUUUUGCUCAAUCACACUGAUCUACCAAGUUUGAGGCGCAGAACAGAGAGCAAGGCCAAUGAAGAGCUGAGGAGCUUGGAGAAGAAACAACGUGCUCCCCUCAGGUACCAUGGAGAUGCCCACUUAGAGCAAUCUGGGCGCUAUCGCCAUUGUGUUGAUGAGAACAUUGAAAGAAGAAACCACUAUUUGGAUCUUGCAGGGAUAGAAAAUUACACAUCCAAGUUUGGACCAGGCUCUCCUUCACAGAAACCCGAGCUGCCCACAAGAGUCCCCAUCCAGACUAGAUCUCGAUCCCAUGAACCUGAAACCAUCCACGUGCACCACAGGAAGUCCCAGGGGGCAGAACCCGGCCCCUUCCACUUCAUGGACAUUCCAUAUGCCAAGAUCGCCGAAGUCCAGCAACGCCUCCGGGCUGGUCAGGAUCUGAGCAAGCACUUUGUAAAGUCCCCCAAAGCCCAGAGCAAAAAUGUGGGGUCCGCCCACCUGGGGAGGGGAGCAAGAAGCAAAUCGAUCUUGGGACCUGCCAUCCCCUUGGCUUCCCCAACAACCCGCCCUGUCCUGACCCCACCCUACCUCCUUGGGCCAGCCCCACCAAUGCACAAGAAACAUAAGCAGAGAGCCAAGGAGAGUCAGCAAAUGUGCAAAAGCCUCCAGCCCCCCGGGAGCACAGUGGUGGAGAAGGAACAUGUGCGAGACCUGCCUGCAGUUGUAUUAUACGAGGGCCAGGUGGGGCAGAUGGUCCAGAGACAUGAACACCACCAUCACCACGAACAUCACCACCAUUACCACCACUUCUACCAGACAUAG